AGAUAGCCGUGCGCUACGGAACUCCCAUACAAAGAGAAUUUAAACACUACGUUUUCUCUCAGACGGUCGCGACUCUAGCGUACGCAUACUGUUGCGGGUAUUAUUCGUACGAGAUUAUAAGUGAAAAUGUGGCAUUUACUAUUAGUAUUACCAAUUUGCUCUAUUUUUGGACAAAACUCCUUACCGGACGAGUUUAUUCGGUGUCGACAGAAGGACGCCCACCUCAACGACUGCUUGGUGGCUGCGGUGCCAGAUGCCCUGCGCAAGAUGAGGAAAGGUAUUCCGGAGCUGUCGGUGCCACCUCUGGAACCACUCCAGGUGUCCAGCAUGGAGAUAGAGUCUGGAGCCGGCCCCGUGGUCAUCACACAGAGCUACAAGAACAUCAGAUUGCAUGGACUUACAGACUCCAUAUUAACUACCUACAAGGCUGACCUGAAGCACUACAGACUACGCACAGAGUCCCUCACGCCCAAAAUGGAGUUCAUCGCAGACUACGUGAUGAAGGGCCGUAUUCUGGUCCUGCCGAUCCACGGGAAGGGCGUCGCCAAUAUUACUAUGGUAAACUUGGUGGUGAAACACGAGCUGAUCGGUGAGCCAGUGGAGCGUGAUGGACACACGUACAUGCGGAUGCGGGACUACAGAGUCAAGUUUGUGCCCAAGAGAGUGCUGCUACACUUCUCCAACCUGUUCAACGGAGACAAACGGUUGGGGGAUCAGAUGAACCUAUUCUUGAACGAGAACUCGGACUUGGUCUUCAACGAGCUGAAGGAGUCCUAUGAGAAGAGCCUGAGCAGCGUGUUCCAGGACGUCACCAACAAGAUCUUCAAUUCCGUACCUAUGAACAAGAUAUUCCCAGAGGAUGAAUAGCCCUUUAACAAUACUUGUGUAAUUAGAGAACUAUAGUAGACUGAUACAGAAUUAUAUUGGCCAUUUGAGUAGGUGCUCGAAUAGCUAAUGACUUUAGUAAUAUGUAAAUAGGUACCUUCUUGUAUGUCCUAGUAGAUCUGUAUUGAACUAAAAGUAGGUAAUUUAAAUGAAUGGUGAAAUUACAACAAGUUUGCACUAUAAAAUAAAUUAUGCAUGUUCGAAACAAAACAAUUUAUAAAAUAAGAGAAUUUUCGACUAGCAACAGCACUUUUUUAUGAUUCCUUAAUUUACUCCUAUAAGCAAAUUUAUCCGUUAAUUUCCGUGAGAUUUCUAACUUUUAAAAAUUAAUAUUUUCUACAUCUAUAUUGGUGCUCCUACGUGCAAAUAAACCAAAAAACUUACAAUAUUUUUAAUAAAUGUUUCUUAACGUUCUGUCUCUCAAAUAUUUAUCGCUUCUUCCAGUCCAAUCAUUAUUUAACCAUAAUUUUGUAUAUUAUAUACCUACACAGAUUCAGAAAAUAUUCAUUUUAAUUUUGUAGAUAGAAUAAAGAUAAGAGACAUAUUACUAUGCAUAAGGUAUUAAUAUAAGUAGAUUAGUUGAAAAUAACAAAUAUGUAUUUAUAAAUUGCUUUAACUAUUAAUAAGAGAUUAAAUAAGAAUUAAAAAAUAUCAA